AUGAUGGAGAGUAUACUUGCGAAAUUACGGAGCCUGGACGCGUACCCGAAGAUCAACGAGGAUUUUUACAGCCGAACACUUUCCGGCGGCGUCAUAACCCUGGCUUCCUCCAUCAUCAUGCUCCUGCUGUUCGUUUCUGAGCUCAGAUUGUACCUUUAUGCUGUAACCGAGACAAAGUUAGUGGUAGAUACAUCAAGAGGAGAAAGGCUUCGUAUUAAUUUUGAUGUGACUUUUCCAGCACUUCCAUGCUCUAUAGUCAGCAUUGAUGCCAUUGAUAUUAGUGGAGAGCAACAUCUGGAUGUUAGACAUGAUAUUAUCAAGAAAAGGAUCGAUGUUCAUGGUAAUAUAAUCGAAACAAGGGCAGAUACUAUUGGCUCUCCGAAGAUUGAGCGACCUUUACAGCGGCAUGGUGGGAGGCUGGAAAGCAAUGAAACCUACUGUGGCUCUUGUUACGGUGCAGAAGUGGCAGAUGAUGAUUGUUGUAACAAUUGUGAAGACGUUCGUGAAGCAUAUAGAAAGAAAGGAUGGGCCUUGUCCAAUCCAGAUUUAAUCGACCAGUGCAAAAGAGAAGGUUUCCUUCAAAGGAUCAAAGAGGAGGAUGGUGAAGGAUGUAACAUUUAUGGGUUUUUGGAUGUAAAUAAGGUAGCUGGUAAUUUUCAUUUUGCUCCUGGGAAAAGUUUCCAGCAGUCAAAUGUGCAUGUUCACGAUCUGCUCACCUUUCACAAAGAUAGUUUUAAUAUGACUCACAAGAUCAACAGAUUAACAUAUGGAGAGUACUUUCCUGGUGUUGUGAAUCCUCUAGAUGGGUACAUAUUAUAUAAAUUUCAUUUUGUGGUUCCAACUGUAUUCACAGAUGUCGACGAGCAUACCAUUCAAUCCAAUCAAUUCUCUGUUACUGAACAUGUUAAAGGGUCAGAAUUAGGUCAACUGCAAGCUCUUCCUGGAGUGUUUUUCUUUUAUGAGCUUUCGCCAAUUAAGGUGACUUUUACAGAGACUCACGUCUCAUUUUUGCAUUUCCUGACCAAUGUCUGUGCCAUUGCGAUCGGAGAGGAGGGCAGAGCCGUGUACAACGCAGGACAGGCAAAUGGGCUAACAUUUUGGGCGCCAAACAUAAACAUAUUUAGGGACCCGAGAUGGGGGAGAGGUCAAGAGACACCUGGCGAGGACCCAUUGGUUGCCGGAAAGUACUCAGUUGCUUACGUUAGGGGAAUUCAAGGGGACAGUUUCGAAGGAGGGGCGCUUAAGGAUGGCCGGCUCAAAGCCUCAGCUUGUUGCAAACACUACACUGCCCAUGAUUUGGACAAUUGGAAAGGGGUCACUCGUUACGUCUUUGAUGCCAAAGUGAGCAAGCAAGAUUUAGCGGAUACGUACCAGCCACCAUUCAGGGCAUGUGUGGAAGAAGGGCGGGCGAGCGGCAUAAUGUGCGCAUACAACCGUGUGAAUGGGGUGCCGAGCUGUGCGGAUUACAGUCUACUCACUGAGACUGCUCGAAAACAGUGGGGUUUUCAAGGGUACAUUGUCUCGGACUGCGAUGCCGUCGCAAUCAUACAUGACCAGCAAGGGUAUGCUAAACAGCCUGAAGAUGCAGUUGCAGAUGUUCUUCAAGCUGGCAUGGACAUGGACUGUGGCAGCUAUCUUUUGAAACACACGAAUUCGGCUGUGGCCCGCAACAAAACACUUGAACAAGACAUCGACCGGGCCCUCACCAGCCUCUUCUCCAUCCGAAUGAGACUCGGGCUUUUCAACGGUGACCCGACAAAACUCGAAUACGGGAAUAUCAGCCUGGCCCACGUCUGCAGCAAAACCCACCUCGACCUGGCCCUGGAGGCUGCCCGAUCCGGCAUCGUCCUCCUAAAAAACGACGCACGACUCCUCCCUUUCCAUAAGUCUCAAAACGCAUCCAUUGCCGUCAUUGGGCCCCACGCAAACUCCACCGAGCCCUUUCUCGGGAACUAUGAGGGUGUCCCGUGCGGGAACACCACAAUCCUCGAGGCCCUCCAAAAGUACUACUCGGUAAGCACGGUCGGGUACCACCCGGGCUGUGACUCGGUAAAUUGUACCUCGGAUAGAUUAAUUGAUGAAGCAGUGGGCGUUGCAAAAGAGGCUGACUAUGUUGUUAUGAUAAUGGGGUUGGAUCAAACAAUUGAGCGGGAAAAACUCGACAGGCUCGAGCUGGGGCUGCCGGGGAAUCAGGAAAAUCUCGUGACGAGAGCUGCAAAGGUUGCGAAAAGGCCGGUGGUGCUAGUUUUGCUGUGUGGGGGCCCAGUCGAUGUUUCGUUUGCUAAGGAGAACCCUAGAAUUGGGAGCAUCUUGUGGGCGGGCUAUCCCGGAGAGGCCGGGGGAGUUGCUGUUGCACAGACUUUGUUUGGUGAUAACAAUCCAGGCGGGAAAUUACCGGUGACUUGGUACCCGAAAGAGUUUGUGAGAGUAGCAAUGACAGAUAUGAGAAUGCGGCCGGAUCCAUCCACCGACUAUCCUGGCCGAACAUACAGAUUCUACACGGGCCCAAAAGUUUUUGAAUUCGGGCACGGUCUAAGCUACACAGAGCACUCUUACGAAUUCGUCUCCGUUAAGCCACGCAACAUAUCUAUAAAUAGAAAAUCUGGUCCUCAUGCGCAGGCCCGGUCCGCAACGGUUUCGAGCCUGGGAGCGGCCAAGUCAUGCAAGGAGAUGAAAUUGGAGGUGCAGGUGAACGUUAAAAAUCAUGGGGAUAUGGAGAGCAAACAUGCGGUGUUGCUGUUUGUGCGGGAUAACAAGGGGAGAAGGCUGGUCGGGUUUCAGAGCGUGAGUUUGAGGGAAGAGGAAAGUAAAGAGAUAGAUUUUGUGGUGAGGCCGUGCGAGCAUCUUAGCCGUGCGGACGAGGAUGGGGUGAUGGUGAUCGAGGAGGGUACAUUGACCUUGGAGGUGGGGGAUGAGCAUUCCUGCGCUCGCCCCGCACUCUUCAUGCGACUCGACACCGAGCACCAGGGGUCAUCGAGGGCGGCGCAUGUACGUGCGCGCACGAGAAGUAACGCCUGUGAGAUGUCCAGGGAUGUGCACGUGCUCGGCUGA